GAUCUGUUUUUCGUGCCGUCUCGUCUGAUUUUGUGUAAGUCAGUUCUCGUAAAGUGCCCUCUAUUUUGUGCACGGAAAUUCAUCAAAACAUGCCUGGUUCCCGAGUUUCCCAGUACUGUAUUAAUUUACGAAUAGACAAACACAUUCUGAACAAUUCAUCGGAUGCUAAUGAUGAAACAGAGUUCUACCUAGUAACGAAACUUCUCGACAAAUGUGUUGGCCAGUUGAAAGUAUCGAAUUACGAUUAUAUUGAAAAGGAUAACAAAAACGUUCUUGAACGAAAUAAUAAUGGACAGUUUAAAUCGAGCUCGUCGAAAUGUACAAGUUCAGAAAAAAUCGCCAAAAGUGAUUCCAAUGAAACCGGCCUAAUUGCUUCUGGAACAAAAAUUGGCAAAAUAAACGGAUUUUUAAUUGGCAAAACUAGUGAAAUUUUGAGAAAAGACAAUGAAAGUGAAAAAGAUAGCACAGCUGCCAAGUAUAAGUUGAGAUCGAAAGAAGAUGAAGAAUCGCUUGCAGUGUUAAAGAAGUCACUUAAAGUCGAAGAACCUGAAAGUCGGAAGCGAAAAACUCUCAAUCGAUCAAAGUCAUAUCGGGAGGUCAAUUCAGACGAAGAUCUGCAGCCCGAUCAAAAGGAAAUAGAUUUGGCAAAAGCUAAAAUGUCUCGCGUGUUAAGCAAACUUUCUUACUCGCCAAAAAAGAGAAUGAAAAAGAAUCGACCGUCAAAAACUGAUUUGAUUGCUCAGCCUGAAAUAUCUAACGAAUCGACAGUCUUGGAAGUCGAACAACAUGAAGAAACAAUCAGCGGAAGUCCUCAAACUCCUCGUAGACAAAGUACGCAACUUGAAUCGCUGAAGUCGGCAGAAAUAACAUCAACGUACCGGGAGAGUCCCUUUGAUGUUUCCGUAGAAUGGUCUCGCGACAGGCCGAAACGAAGCAUAACUGCACCUAAGAGGUAUGUUUUAUCCCCUAGUCCACGUGACAGAGAUAAAAGAAACCAAAACCGCGACAGGCUGUUUGGUAGUCGAAGUAAAAAGAAAAGACUUGAAAAGAGCGAAAGCGGUACACGUGAUAAGAAAGGUCCAGAAGCUGUUCAAGACGCGAACUCAGAAAAAAGUGGUUCUAGUUCAAGUGGAAAUAAAAGGAAAACGAAGUCUUUAAACGGAAGCCGACCAAAUAGCAUCGAAAGAUCAGUUGAAACUGAGUCGGUUGAACCGCGAUUGAAUAAAACUAAGUGGUUGGAUUUUGCUAUUCUAUCGGACAGCGAGAACGAAGAUGAACCUAUAUGUGUUGACGAUAGUUCAGAUCAUAAUAGCGAAAAAAAUGCCAAAUCAUCUGACAGAACUGGAAAUCUAAAACCAGAACAGAUAACGAAAAAUGAAGAUAUAUCUAUAAAGUCAAGUGAAAGUGUAGAAAAAGCUUCGAUUCUUGAAAAACUGGGACUGAGUUGUUGUGAAUCCCAGAAUUUUUCAGAGGUCAACGGAGAAAAUCUAAGCACAACCUUGCCUGAUUGCGCAGCGAUAGAAAUCAAAACAGCCCAGAGCUUGCAGGAAGUUUCCCAAAAAGAUGAUGAGGAUAAACCGAUUUUUGAGACACCGAUAGCUGCUUCUCUCGAUUGUGAAUCACGAGAUGUUGAAGUUAUAGAUCUAAGUGGCAGAGGCGAAAGUGAAGACGCGGAGAUAUUUUCGGGAUCAAAUCAAGAUAAAGGCAUGAACUACUUAGUUGAUCACUCAGAUGUUUCCCUAAAUGGCGAGAGCCAAGUUGUAAUAAGUGCAGAUUCAAAAAUCGAAUUGAAGCUUCCCAGUUCGACUGAUAGCGUAAUCAUGGAGGAAACAAAUUACGGAAAACCAGCCGAAAAAUCGAAAACUUCAGGUCAAGAUGUUGACGUAUCAGAUACUUGUACUGUAGAAAAUGUGUCGGAGAGAAGCGAGAGUUCUUGUGAUCCGUCACCCGAUGUGAAGAGCUACGAAAACUUGUCCUGGGAACAAUUUUCUCAAAGUCAGAAAUUGACACUGAAAAAUUAUCCCGCUGAAGUAGAUAUUAAAGCUAAAAAAGAAGAAAAUAAUUCUUUUCCAUUUGAGUCAUCGCCGAUGCUGCUGGAUGGACAACAAAUGGUCUCCGCUGGCCAGAGCAAUAACUUGUCAUCAACUGGCAUUAACUCGGCAUCAACUGGCAUUAACUCGUCAUCAACUGGCAUUAACUCGUCAUCAACUGGCAUUAACUCGUCAUCAACUGGCAUCAACUUUUCAUCAACCGUUGAUAAUGUGUCAUCACCUACUGCCACUUCAGUGGGGAGAGACCAGCAGUGCUUCCUCUGUUUCUCGGGCGACACUGACUUGGAUUGUGCGAAGUGUCCGAAGGCUUUCCACAGGAACUGUCUCAUUCCUCCACUCACGCAAAAGCCACUGGGCGACUGGUACUGCCGUUUAUGCUGCCGAGGACGCAAACCUAGCAAUGCAUAAGAAUCUGCAAAAUGAAGAAAAAACUCAAGCUAUCGCAAUCUCAUAAAUUAAUCAUAAAGUUUUUGUUCUGUCUCCUUUAAAUUUGCAUUCUACUUUGAAUAAAAUGCCGAAUUAGAAUGCCAAUUCGUUCAUCAUAUCUGUUUAAGUUAUGCUCUAUAUUUACCAAAUCUCUAUCUGUAUUGAUGUUGAAAAAAUAGUCUUCGUUACA